UCUCAGCGGCAAGGGCUUCAAGAUUUACUUCAUUGGCGGCGUCGAGUUCAAGGCUUCGAUCGAGAAAGCCGGGGCUGAAUUCAUCGAUUUCGAAUGGGACUGGACAAAAAACUGGAACGAGGACGAAGGCGGCAACGUUUUCUAUGACAUGAAGCACGUCUUUGCCGAUGCAACCCCAACUGCGUUUAGGGUCCUCAAGGACACGCUCGAGCGGGUUCGUGAGAAGCACCCAGACCGAAAGGUCAUGAUGCUGCAGGACAGCAUGGCCCUCGGCUCCGCGCCCUUCAUGUACGGCGCUCCGCUGCCGAAGGGGUACACUUCCUUCCCUAGGGUCAUCAGCUUCCACACCAGCAUCUACGCCGCCCAUGACUACUCCGUCCCUCCCUUUGGCGCUGGUAUGCCCUAUGAUCCGACCCCUGAGAACCUGGCCAUGUGGCGGUCCAUCUACGACUCCAUCCAACCCCAAGUCGACGACCUCUCCAGCUACUUCAAUAACAUUUACCGCGAGCUGGGCGCGACGAGGCCGAUGACCGGAGCGAUGCUGGACGGAAUCAUUCAAGCGUGCGACUUGAUGGUCAUGGCGACCACGCCGAGCCUCGACUACCCCAUCGCCUCGUCCAACCCCAAGGUGCGCUUCAUCGGCGGCCUGCCGCUGAAGCCGCUCGACCCCAACUUUGCCUACCCCGACUGGUGGCCGCUGAUCACGGCCAAUUCCGCCCUGCCGGCGUCGUCCCCGGAGAAGAAAAAGGUGGUCUUCGUUUCUCAGGGCACCGUCCACCGCGACUACACUGAGCUGCUUAUCCCAACGCUGAAGGUGCUCUCCGGCCGGAAGGACCUGAUCGUCAUCGCGACGCUGGGCGCUCGCGGGGCGACGCCGCCUGCGGAACUCGACGUCCUGCCGGACAACUUCAAGAUUGUCGACUACUUCCCCUACGACGCUUUGUUACCCCACACAGACGUGUUUGUCUCCAACGCGGGGUACGGCGGGUUCAUGCACGGCAUCAUGAACGGCGUGCCCAUGGUGCUGGCGGGAACCAAGGCCGACAAGGCCGAGGUGUGCCAGCGUGCCGAGUGGGCUGGUGUCGGGGUCAACCUGCGUGCGCAGAACCCGAGUGGUGAGGCCAUUAGAGAGGCCGUGGAUAAGGUUCUGGGUGACGGCAAGUUCAAGGCGCGGGCGCUGGAGCUGAAGAAGGAGAAUGAGCAGAUGAAUUGCCUCGAGACGUUCGAGAAGAUUGUGUAUGAGAUUGCGGCGAUGGACUGAUUUCCAUUGUGGGCGCACAAGCGAGUUGAUGUGAUCAGAUAGGGACUGGAUACCUAUGGGAUUGUGAAUAUAACAGGAUAGACAGCGAGGAGUCAUGAUGCCACUCACUUUUUAUACAAUUGUUACAUCUUGUACAGAUGCC